CAGUGAGUCAACUGCGCAAAAAGCGGAAAAACACAAACAUGACACCGUGGGUUAAACAGACCGUAGCGUUUCUUAGUUUCUAUUGCCGUAUCAUCAAGUAAAACAAGUUUAACCAAGAUCACGUCAGAAGCACGGAGAUUCCCUGUUGUGUUUCGCGGUAUUUUAUUGUUCGGUGCUUAACUUUGUGUUGUCAGCGAUGUGUGAUGGCGGUGAAUCCCGGAGGUGCUGAUGCCGAUGAGCCGCCGUCUAUGCUGUGGGGUCUGGACCCCGUGUUCUCCGCCUAUUCCAGACUCUACAUUACUGACAUCCUUCAGAUGAAAGAGUCCAGACAAGUACCUGGAGUUUAUUUCUACAAGAAUCACCCACUCUUCCAGGUGGAUGUACUGGGAACGGUUGUUUACAAGCGGGAGAGAGACGAUUUCUACUGUUAUGGAGUGGAUGAUAGUACUGGUGUCAUAAAUUGUCUUUGUUGGAAAGAUGAGAAAUGGAAGGAUCAAGGAGAACCAACUAAAUACAGAGAUCCUAGCGGAUCCUCCAGAGGCUUUAACAUUGAAGAUGAACUCAAACGACUGAAGGAGGCUGAAAGGAAGAGCACCGUGCUGGAGAUCGGAGACCUGCUGAGGGUACGAGGGACUGUCAAAACCUCCAGGGAUGCGAGGGAGAUCAUGGCCAUCUCCUUCUAUAAAGUCAAUGACCCCGUGAUGGCAGUGCAGAUCUCACAUAUGCUGGAAAUGCCUCAGCUGUACAGAAAGUGCUAUGAUCAGCCGUUCCAGAUGCCGAGUGAUGACCUGGGCGCCACAGAAGCAGGUGGUUCAUCACAUUUCCACUAUUUGCUGUCUCGGUCAGUUCUCACCCUUAAGGAGUUCAUCUUAGAGAAAGAGGUGGCCAGGUUUCGUCCUUAUGAUGUCGAGUUCCUCUUACAUCCACUGAUCCAAAGUUCUUCAGCAGAACAGGAGUCAGAUCAGCCCAGAACGUCAUUUGCUACGCAAAUUCGAAAACUCUUGAAAGAGACCCUGAGCAUCCUCCAGGACGAGGGACAAAUAUUUCGCAAAAUACGGACCCAGGAUGAAGUCUACAAUGUAACAGAACAAGACAAAGAUCUUCACACAGCGAUCAAGAAUGUUUUACGAGAGGAUACGAAAAGGGAAAAAUAUGCUGAGAAAGGAUGCCAUGUCCUGCAUAUUUUGUCCAGCGUGAGGCAGCGCUACAGCCAAAAUCUGAGUCGAGAGGUGCUGGAAGUUGCUCUGACAUUCUUAGAAUGUAAUAGUGACAUAAUAAGCACAACAGAAGCCCACUAUAUUGUUUUGUAGCAUCAUUUUUUUUUUUUUUUUUUUGUUAAAUACAUUCAUAAAAAUAUGAGCAAAGUGUUUAAAGCAAUCAUGAAGACAGAAUGUUAUCUGUUACAGAACCCUUUUUGAUAUAAAUCAUUAAAGUUA